AUGCUGAUAUCCUCUUUCACAGGUAUCUUAUACCCAAAUGCAACGUGCAAUGCGUUAGUAGGAAGCUUGGGGGCGGAUAAAUGGCAGCUGCGUUAUCAGGUUACAGUUAUGUCUGCAAAAUGCUAUAGUGGUGCAGAGUUAAUGAGUUCUGAUGUACAA